UUUUGACAGUUGUGUGUUAUUACCGAAUCAACACAUAAUUUCGUUAAUUAAUAAAUAAAUCAUGCUCUUUUAAGCUUGAAUUUUAUUCCUCAAGUAAAAUUAUUCGCCUAAAAUGUGGCAAUUGCUACAAACUCAAUCAAGCCACUUAAUGCGGCAAAGGUUAUUACCAGUAAAGAACAGUUGUUACUUUACCAAAUUGGUAAAGGAGAACCCGUCAAACGUCGCGAGACGUUAUUUUUCGGAAGCCAAAAAUGCCUCAGAAAAAAGUUCAAAGUCCGGUUUCCUAUUGACUUGUAGCCCCUGGAAAUUGUGUACAGGCGUUAGUUUAGGUUUAGGAGCGAAGUUAUUGUUAAGUAAUGGACCUGUGUUGUGUAAGGCGCAACAGAACUCUAGGAUAAUACAACGGAGGCCUAAUAUUAAUGAUGAUAGUGCAAAGUUUGAUUGGAGAAGAUUAUUUGAGUAUCUACGGCCGCACAAAUGGUUGUUAGUGGGCGCUAUAGCUUCUGCAUUAGCGGUCGCAUUCCUAAAUGUGUAUAUCCCGGCGAUGUUGGGAGUGAUUGUCAAUGUCCUGGCGAACAUGAAGAACAAUCCGACAGCGGACUUUUUAGAUGAGAUCAAAUUCCCUGCUAUGAAGCUCAUAUCACUAUACAUUGGACAGGCAGCAUUUACAUUCAUGUACAUCCAUCUACUGGCGCAAGUUGGCGAGCGGGUGGCUUCACAGAUGAAACAGGACCUUUUUGUCUCCAUCCUCAACCAGGAUAUGGCCUUUUUUGACCAGGAGAGGACGGGAGAGCUUGUCAAUAGGUUAACAGUUGAUGUACAAGACUUCAAAAGCUCAUUUAAACAGACUAUUUCUGGAGGACUAAGAGCUUUAACUCAGGUGGUAGGAUCAGCAGUGAGUCUACUCGUCAUAUCUCCACAUUUAACCGGGCUGACCAUGGUGUGUGUGCCGUCAGUCGUCAUCGGGGGCACAUUCAUCGGCUCCCUCCUGAGGAAGCUCUCCAGAGAAGCACAACAACAGAUAGAGAAAGCGACACUAGUAGCAGAAGAAGCGAUAUCCAACAUGCGUACUGUGCGAGCAUUCGCGGGCGAAGAGAACGAAGCGCAAAUGUUCGCGCGCGAAUGCGACGCCGCGGCUGAGCUGAGUACGGAGUUGGGGCUGGGCGUAGGGCUGUUCCAAGCUGGCACCAAUUUGUUCCUGAACGGAAUGGUCCUAGCCACAAUGUUUCUCGGAGGUCACCUCAUGGCCAACGGCCAGAUGUCUGCUGGUGACGUCAUGGCUUUUCUAGUCAACGCCCAAACUGUUCAACGAUCCGUCGCACAACUCUCUUUGCUGUUUGGUUCAGUCGUGAAGGGACUAAGCGCCGGUGGCCGUGUGUUCGAGUACAUUAACAAGGAGCCAAAAAUGGACACAUCGGGCACGAAAGUGAUCAAAUACCACGAGUUACACGGCGACAUCGAGUUUAAGGACGUCACAUUCGCUUACCCAACACGGCCUGAAGCGAUAGUUCUGAAGAAUUUCAACUUAAAAAUACCGGCGGGAAAAACUAUAGCCAUCGUCGGUACUUCAGGCAACGGGAAAUCUACCAUAGCCGCUUUGCUGGAAAGAUUCUACGACGUAAAUGAAGGACAAGUCACCAUAGACGGCAUAGACGUCAGGGAGAUGGAUGCCAAGUGGCUCCGCGGUCGUGCCCUGGGCCUGAUCAGCCAGGAGCCGGUGCUGUUCGCUACGAGUGUGAGGGAGAACAUCAGAUACGGCCGCCCGGAGGCCAGCGAUGAUGAGGUAUAUCGCGCGGCCAUGACAGCAAACGCUCACGAUUUCAUCCUCGGCUUCCCCGCCGGCUACGACACGAUGGUGGGAGAGAGAGGCACGGCGCUCAGCGGCGGGCAAAAGCAAAGGAUAGCGAUAGCGCGCGCUGUACUGAAGAACCCGCCUGUUAUAAUACUGGAUGAGGCCACUAGCGCACUAGACUCCGCAAGUGAGAAAGUAGUACAGACAGCAUUGGAGACGGCCGCCAAGGGACGAACGGUGCUCGUGAUCGCUCACAGGCUAUCAACUGUCAUGAAUGCUGACGUCAUAGUCGUGUUGAAUCGAGGGAAGAUUGUCGAGAUGGGAACCCACGAUCAGCUGAAGAAGCAGAAAGGUUUCUACUGGAACCUGAUCAAACAGCAGGACCAAGACGCCGAAAGCAGAUCCUUAUGAGAACAAGCAUAAAAGUCUAAUAUUAUCUCGCUAAAAUGCACAAUCAUCAAGAGCUUACAGGCCCUAAACUGAAAAUCAUAAUUAGAUUCCAAAAAAAGUAUGUCAAUGUUGCCACUGCAAUAAUUUGUUUGUAAAAUAGUCAAUUCCUUUUUAUAGAUACACACGAUAAGAUAAUUGAUAUAUUGGUAAUUUUACUCCUACGAUUUAAAAAAAGUACCUUUGUUUACUUAUUUUUACAUAAAUACAAGACGCGCUAGUAAAAAGUGGCAACAUUGUCUUACUUUUUUUGGAAUCUAAUUAUCAUUUUCAGUUUACGAUUAUGAGUUUAUGACUCCUCCUUAUAGCAGGCGUGGCUCACUCCGCGAUUUCGUCGCGUCGCUACAAGUACAUGCGACCCACACCAAUUUUGGUGUCUAGCAGUAGUAGUUGCCGCGUACCGCUACAGAACGGACGCCUGCUCGCGCUUGCGCCACCUUGCGGUCAUAUCUGUCGUAAUAGACGCAUUUUGUUAGAGAGUGAACCUUCUGUACCUAUACCUAGUACUAUUAUUUAUUCUGUGCUUGUCGCCAUGAAAGCUUCCGGCCGGAUCAUCAAAAUCAAAGGUUCUUUUUAAAUGUGUUUAGUGAAAUGAAAAUUUGGCAAAUGAAUCAUCUGAAAAUUAAGGGCCGAUGGUGAUCCAGAUGUAUAAUUAUGUACUGUUAUGUGAGUUGGAAAUAAUUUUAGUUAAGCAUAACAUGUUACUGCUGGAAAAAAAUGGACAUGGUAUGACUUACGUUCUAUAAUUUCCAUAAACCUGAGUCCCUAUUUACAUAGAUACGGUCGAAAGUAUUAAUUUAAAGCAAUAUGAAAGUCGCUAGACACCUCAUACUAUUGUCACUGUGACAAGGUACGAAAUGGGUCAUAAAUUAAUCCUUACAUUAUUUAUUCCAUAAUUACGUGAAUAUUUAUUAAGAUUAUGCAGUAAAUAUUAUUAGGAAACGAAGAAAUGCUACACAAAUGUGUCUCAAAGAUGUAAAAUAUGUAGUUAAUAGAUAUCACCUUUGAAAAAGUUAAUACUUAUUCAAUAUCACAUAGUAAAGAUUAUUUAGUUUUGUUCCUUAUUUAUUUAUUAUGUAUAAAGUAAACCAAUUAAGUUUUGUGUUUAAUAUUAAUACCACUUUUCGGCUGUGAAAGUAUUUAUUUUAAAGGUAUGUUGCGUUUUUUUUUACCUUUGUACUAUCUGUUCAUUUCCACAGCCAAAGUUAUUGUUUAUUAUCUGGCUUAGAAUUUUGCUCUAUGCAUUUGACACAAUAUAUCGAAUUAUUUUAUAGACUUUUUGACCAGUUACCUUCUGCCACGCCAAGCAUAUUACUGUUACAGCUAUUUGGAAAACCUUUUUCAAUUUGUGAAUUAUUGAGUAAGAAUAUGCUAACAUACAUUUGAUAAGUUUUUUAAUAGCUGCCUAAAAGCAUAAGCGUGGCGCUUAAAAAGUUAGUUUCUACGAAAAAGGGUUGAGCACCACUAUCAUAUUGUGUAGAUAUUAUUGCUCAGUUGUAGAUCUUCGGUUAUUGUAAUAAGGAUAUAUGGAUGUGGAUAUAAAGUACAUUAGGGGAGAGUAAUUUAUUAUAUUUGUGUAAUAUUAAUUAUUUUGUGCGUGUUAGUGACUGGGUUUGUUGUCAAUAAAUCACUGUUAUAUAUAAA